UUUUCAUGGCUGAAGUUAGUCAUAAACUUUUAUCGUAGUUUCCGGUUGCUUGCUAACACCCAGUUUUGGUAGGAUAGGGUUAUUGGGUGAUAAUAUGUUUGUUGUGACUUUUUAAAUCGUUGCUACAUUUAGAAAUAAUGAUUCUGCUUGAAAUAAACAACCGUAUAGUGGAAGAAACUCUUACACUAAAAUAUAAGAAUGCCUUGGCUGGGCAUAAACCUGAAUCCAUAGAUAUCAGCAUAGCAGACUUUGAUGGAGCACUUUUUCAUAUAUCCAAUGUUGGUGGUGACAAAACCAAAGUGCGGACAAGUAUUUUAUUAAAGUUUUACAAACAACUUCAAGAGCACGGAGCAGACGAGUUGCUGAGGAGAGAAUACGAGUCAUUAUUAAUAGAUCCUGAGGAGGGUUAUAAUGUGUCUGUGUUGAUAAGUUUAGACAACAUCCCAACAAACUGGGAGGAAAUAGUAAAAAAGAUUGGCCUUCUGAAAAGAAAUUGUUUUGCUUCAGUAUUUGAAAAGUAUUUUGAUUUUCAAGAACGAGGUGAAGAAGGUCAUAGACAAGCUGUAAUAAAUUACAGAAAUGAAGAAACCAUGUACGUAGAAGCCAAGUCCGAUAGAGUCACAGUAGUAUUUAGCACAAUAUUUAAGGAUGAAAACGACAUCGUCAUAGGAAAGGUUUUCAUGCAGGAGUUUAAGGAAGGGAGAAGGGCAAGUCACACAGCACCACAAGUCCUGUUUAGUCAUAGGGAGCCCCCGCUCGAACUUCAGAACUCAGAUGCACUCGUUGGAGAAAAUAUAGGCUAUAUAACUUUUGUUCUUUUUCCAAGGCAUACAAACCGAACUGCAAGAGAUAAUACAAUCAAUCUUAUACACAUGUUUCGACAUUACUUGCAUUACCAUAUUAAAUGUUCGAAAGCAUACAUCCAUUCACGUAUGCGGGCCAAGACCUCAGAUUUUCUAAAAGUGCUCAAUCGUGCAAGGCCAGAACCGAAGAAUGUUGAAAAGAAAACUAUCACGGGGCGAACUUUCAUCAGAAAGGAAUGAUUACUUGCUGCAAGUAGGUGAAUGUGUACAAACUAAAGCUUGAAGCUCUGGCCAACCAUAGAGCACAACAUGACACUGCCACACCCAGUCUGCGUCAACCGACGUGCACUGACGUGCCUAGACUUGUCCUACUGUAUUUGUUAGGUUUUGUUGUUUAUGUUGAGGGUUACUGAGGAACGUGUAAUUUUAAUUACAUAAUGACUUUAAAUAUAUUUAAACUUUCAUCUGCAAGAAAAUCAAAGUUGGAAUUAUCAGAGUACGUACAGUAAAGUCCCAAUUAUCAACUUGAUGUGAACUCAAGAGUUAACCAGGCCGAGUGCUAAAAUAUUUAACAGUCAAUCAAGCGUCUGCGUCCAACUUGUCUAAUAACAGCAAGGCUGUUGUAGUACCGUGUUUAUUACAUCACUCCCAAAUCUUGAUUCUGUUGUUUAGAAAACUGGUACUUGAUGUCCAAAUAACUUUUUCAAAACAUUGUUUUAGCCUGGAAGCAAAUAAUUCGGACUCUACUGUAUAUGGAAAUUUAAAUGUCGCAAUAAGUUAUCCUUACUUAAUUUUACCAUUGUAAGUAUAUAAUGAAGUACGAGCAAAAUCUCAAAUAACAAGUUUUUUUUUUUAUUUGUAAAGAUUUGUACAUCGAGAGGUAUAACUUUUCAGCAACAAACUUAUACAAUUAGCAAUGUACUGGAAAUUCCACCUCUAAAGUGUAUUAAUACAAAACAUGAAGAUAUUUAAUUUCAAAGCAAUCCUGUUUUCUCUCGUUUGUAACACAAGGAAGAUUACAAUUCUAAGUGUACAUUUGUUCCUGGUCAUUGAAAAUAAUUUAAUACACGGACAGCACUUACAGUAAAGAAAUAAUUCUGAAGAUUAUUUUGUAUUUUGUUGAAUAAAACUGAUCAGUCACUGAUUGAGAUUAGAUUACUCAACUAUAUGCCAGGUUCCGUUGAUUCUAGCCAAUGCACCAUCCAGUAUGCCGCCCACAGAUAGCAUCAGUGAUGUAUGAUGCCGUAUAAUCUUGAUGUCUGUCACUCUGAUGCUCACUAAGUGGACUAGUAAGCAGUUAGUUAGCUAAUAUUUGCAAGUGGCAGACCUACCAACUACUCAGUUUUCUCUUUGGCAAUGCAAUUAUUGCUAAUUUCUAUAUCAUAAUCAAUAAUUAAACGGUAAUACGUUUAAUUUCUUACGUAGAGUGGCAAAUUUUAUCCAAUAGAAGAGAGGUCUAUUAUCAAUGUAGGUUACAUUAUAAGCCGAUUCUGUGCAUGAUACUUAUUUAAACUCUACUAUAAAUAAAUUGUGGAUAGUGGUUUUAGUAUAUUUAGUAUGUGAAAUGAAAAUGAGACCGUUUCCGAGAAGUUUUAUUCAAUUUAAUCAUUGUCAACGAUUAAACUAAAUUUUUUCAAAAUAAGUAUUCACAUCGCUGUGUUGUAUGCAAGUGGAAUCAAUGAUAACUAGAUUAUUAAAUAAUGUGUCAAUGAUGAUGUGAAUUAAAAUAUUAUUUUUUAUUUUGUAACAACCGUAGUUAAUUAAUAAGGUUUUCAACAAAACCACUGAAAGAAGAAUACAUAAAAUUAGACAUUAAUUAAACGAACGUAGGAAAUUUUAAUUAAACAUGUGUGGUGGAGUUAAUUUGGACAUGGAAUAAGAAUUGUGGUCUGUUGAACUCUGGAUGUUGCAAGCAAAUUAGCUCAAUAUAGAUUGUUGACUUAGUUGUAGAGUAUUGUAUUACGGGUGUGGCAGUGACUGCAACAUGUAUAUCUUUGUUAUCAUUAUGGACUUUUGUAAAGACUUGUGCAAAUGCAAGAAAAAUCCCUGUGAUUUACUAUAAUAGAUCUACUGAUUCAAUUCAUGAAAUUAAAUUAUUGUAACGCAAUACCAUUUUUAACGCCAAUGAUGUAUGUUUUGUUAUUGUUAUUAUUUAAAAAUAUAAAUAAUACUUUAUUCCAUCAGGUA